CGUCGGCACGAGAGUAACGGGCGGAUAUUUUCAAAACGGAAGAAAUGUGAAAGUUUUGGAGGGCAACAAAAUAAUAACAUUAAUUCACCCUAAUAUAAGGACUAUUGAUGCAUGUAGUCGGACGAGGAAUAUCGGUAGAGACCUGGAUGCUUCUGCAAGAACGAAUUCGAGCAAGAUGAGUGUUUCAAUCGGCGAUAAAAUUGAGGACUUUAAAGUCCUCACCAUGCUGGGCAAAGGUUCUUUUGCAUGUGUUUACCGGGCAAAAUCAGUGAAGACCGGUGUGGAGGUUGCUAUCAAAACGAUUGACAAAAAAGCUAUGCACAAAGCCGGUAUGGUGCAACGUGUGACAAAUGAAGUGGAAAUUCAGUGUCGAUUGAAGCACCCUUCAAUUCUUGAGCUGUACAACUACUUUGAAGACAGCAACUAUGUGUACUUGGUGUUGGAGAUGUGCCAUAAUGGAGAGAUGAGCCGGUACCUCAAAGAACGCAAGAUGCCUUUCUCUGAGGAUGAAGCAAGGCAUUUCAUGCAUCAAAUAGUAAAAGGGAUGCUGUAUUUGCAUACCCACGGCAUCAUGCAUCGAGAUCUUACCUUAUCAAACCUUCUGCUGACCAGCAACAUGAACAUAAAAAUAGCAGACUUUGGCUUGGCCACUCAGCUCAAGCUCCCAAAUGAGAAGCACUUCACCAUGUGUGGGACACCUAACUACAUCUCCCCGGAGGUGGCUACCCGCAGUGCCCACGGCCUGGAAUCAGAUGUCUGGUCACUAGGGUGCAUGUUCUAUGCUUUCUUAACGGGUCAUCCUCCAUUUGACACGGACACAGUCAAACACACCCUCACCAAAGUGGUUCUUGGGGAGUAUGAAAUGCCCAGCCAUGUUUCUGAUGAGGCUCAGGACCUGAUCCACCAGCUCCUGCAGAAGGACCCUGCGCAGCGCCCCAGCCUGUCUGCAGUGCUGGACCACCCGUUCAUGACCGAGAGCCUGUUGACCAGGACCAAUGAGCUGGGGCUGGGUGACACAGGAUCCAUGGAUAGUGGCAUUGCCACACUCUCCACGGCCUGUACCUCCUCCACCUCAGCUAGCAGCAGCAACCGCCUCCAGAGGAGAACCAAGCACAUGAUAAGCUCUGCACUUCCCAACCGCAUGACGCCCAUCCCAAGUCUACCAUGCCCGCCCACCAGCACAUGUUUUGAGGAUGGAGAUCAGUGGUGGCGGCAGCAGCCCGCUGACAGAGCUCACAGAGAGGGCAGGAGCAGGGCAAUUUAUAGUGGAGAGAGUGGACAGCCCCACUCCCGCUAUCUAAGGAGGGCUCACUCGUCAGAUCGCUCUAGUUCUGCUGCACCGGGCCAGGGGAGUGGUCAUGCUGAGCUGGGGCGAUGCCACUCAGAGGAGACUCUGACAGGCUCAGGGAGAGCAGCCUUCCCCAUUUCCUCCACUCCACACCCAUUCUCAGAGCAAGGAAGGCUACCAUCGCCUCCUGUCAAACAGUCAGCCAACUCUGGAUCUUCAUUAUCCACACAGACAGUCCAUCCGCCAAGCCUGCAGUUCCAAGAACCAGACAGGGUUUCUAAUUGGUUCAGUAAAGAGGGUUCUGGGCCGAGGCCCACAGACAGCAGCACUCACAGCAGUAGUGGAAGUUUCCACAGCAGCCGAGGACCUUUAGGGGUUCACAACUCUUGGACAGAACAGCCGUUAACCCGAGGGGCCAACCUUCACCACCACCUGCACCACCCCCUUCCCCCAAAUGCUGACUCAUACAGGGAGAAUAUACCUGGAGCUGAGUUCCAGCUUCCUCAUGGCAGAGAGAUGAAACUUCCAGCCAAGGAGAAGAAAACACUGAGAGACCUGGUCUCACCUCUGUGUGCUACCAGACUGAAACCUAUUAGACAGAAGACCAAAAACGCUGUUGUGAGCAUCCUGGACACAGGUGAAGUGUGUAUGGAGCUGUUAAAGUGUCACGGUGGUCAAGAGAGGGUCAAAGAAGUCCUUCGAAUAUCCUGUGAUGGCUUAAUGGUGACAAUAUACCAGCCAAAUGAUGGGAAGGGUUUUCCUGUGCUGGACUGUCCCCCUGCCCCUCCUGAAGAUAUUCUGAUUUGUAGCUAUGAGGAUCUUCCAGAGAAAUAUUGGAAGAAGUACCAGUAUGCCUCCAAGUUUGUGCAGCUUGUAAAAUCCAAGACUCCCAAAGUCACCCUUUACACAAAGUAUGCCAAGUGCAUGCUGAUGGAGAACUCCCCAAACGCAGACCUGGAAGUUUGCUUUUAUGAUGGAGCAAAGACCCACAAGACAUCAGAGCUGGUGCGAGUGGUUGAGAAGAGCGGGAAGUCAUACACAGUGAAGGGCGAUGUGGGCCUGAGCGGCCUGAGCCCAGAGAGCAGGUUGUAUGUGGAGCUGUCCGAUGAGGGCCACAACAUGUGUCUGUCUCUAGAAGCUGCCAUCAUCGCAGAGGAGCAGCGCAGCGCCAAGAACACUCCUUUCUUCCCAAUAACAAUUGGCAGGAGACCUGCCAACCCUGACUCCCUUUGCUCAUCGUCACUGCCAUCCCAGCCAGUGCCUGCUGAUGCAGCCUCACCUCCCCAACAUUCACAGAUCACUCCGUCGAUGAUCUCUUAUGAUGGAUCUGAUUUCACGACAGCCAGCCUGAACAAGAAAAGCUCUCCGACAAGACAGGACCUGGUGCACAGCACGGGGAAAGUGGUUAAGUCGAUAUUUGUGCCCAACGUUGGAUGGGCAUCUCGGCUGACCAGUGGAGAGGUGUGGGUGCAGUUCAAUGACGGGUCUCAGCUGGUGGUGCAAGCAGGAGUCUCCUGCAUCACUUACACAUCUCCAGAGGGGCUGAUCACCAGGUACAAGGAGAAUGAGAAGUUGCCUGAGCAUGUGAAGGAAAAGCUUCACUGUCUGUCCACCAUCCUGGGACAGCUGGCCAGCCCGGCAGCACACCGCCUGCACCAGCCACACUAACGCUCCUUGGUUAGCAGAGGCCCGGCAGGGAACAGAAAGUAGCAUUACAGGCUUUGUGCCAUCGUCUGUCUUUCAUCAAGUGUUCUUGUAAAUAUAAACUUUUUUACGUGUACAUAAGACUAAGAUUAUGAAAAGAUUUAUUUUAUUAAGUGGCUAUUUUAUACAGUGCUGUUACUGUCCAAUUCAGAUUAGUUUGUAUGUGUCUGUCAUAUUUUUUACCAUGUUUAUCUCAAAUCAUCUCCUCAAUGCAAUGUCAGAUCUGUGAAAGCUGAGGCAAUAAACAUCUGUAGGCUGCGUUGACAAUCGCU